AUGUAUCAGCGAGCCUUGCAAGGCAAAGAAAAGGCAUGGGGACUAGAGCACACAUCAACACUUAACACAGUCAACAAUUUAGGGAGCCUCUACAAGAACCUAGGACGGUUUGAUGAGGCGGAGAAGAUGUACCAGCGGGCGCUUCAAGGCAAAGAGAAGGCAUGGGGACUAGAGCACACAUCAACACUCACUACAGUCAACAACGUGGGUAACCUCUUCGCGGACCUAGGACGGCUUGACGAGGCAGAGAAGAUGUACCAGCGGGCCCUUCAAGGCUUUGAGAAGGUAUGGGGACCAGAGCACACAUUAACACUUGAUACAGCCAACAACUUAGGGAGUCUCUACAGAAACCUAGGGCGGCUUGACGAAGCUGAGAAGAUGUACCAGCGGGCCCUGCAAGGCAAAGAGAAGGCAUGGGGACCAGAGCACACAUCAACACUUGAUACGGUCAACAACUUAGGCAACCUUUACGCGGACCAGGGACGGCUUGACGAAGCGGAGGAGAUGUACCAGCGGGCCCUCCAAGGCAAAGAGAAGGCAUGGGGACUAGAGCACACGUCAACACUCGACACGGUCAACACCUUGGGCAACCUCUACGCGGACCUAGGACGGCUGGAUGAGGCGGAAAAGAUGUACCAGCGGGCCCUGCGAGGCAAAGAGAAGGCAUGGGGACUAGAGCACACAUCAACACUCUCUACACACACAUCAACACUCUCUACAGUUAACAACUUAGGCCAUCUCUACGCGGACCUAGGACGGCUUGGCGAAGCAGAGGAGAUGUACCAGCGGGCCCUGCAAGGCUUUGAGAAUGCACGGGGACCAGAGCACAAAUCAACACUCUCUACAGUCAACAACUUAGGCCUUCUUUAUGCGGACCUAGGACGGCUUGACGAGGCGGAGAAGAUGCCUGGAGGCGGUAAAGAGAUACAUACCAGCGCUUAA